AAUGUUUUUUCCUUAGGAAAAAAUAAAACUACUGGCUGUAAAACUGUCGCAAGUGAUUUCAAUAAUCUUAUUUAGUGAUCGGAAAAAAAUACAAGUCGAUACAGGGAAUUAAUUACACAAGAGUUAUGCGCAGUAGGUUUUGGAAAAUGCGAAAUCAUAUGAAACAUUCGGUUUAUUAUAGAUUUUCAUCUCAACGAUGCUUUGAAAAUAGCUCUCGGAUGUGAUAGCGUGAAUACGAUUGUCUCCAAUUUUCUCAGGAUUUUUCUGUCAAAUGUUGCGAAUGCUGUAGUAAUGAACUGUCACAUUCCUUCCGCAAGAUUUUACGAAUAAUUUGAAGCACUUGAGGGGAGAGACCGGGAGAACCUCUCUUGCUGGUUUAGAAUUGCCGAUCAAUACCGAUGAGAACUAAGGUUUCUCGGUAUUAAUUUCAUCAAUUCGACAACACCUGUCUAUCCCUCUCGUCUCGUUAGAAUGGAGCCAGACACUAAAGUUCCUUUGCCAUUAGAACCCAUAAAAUCAAAUCAAGUUGAGGAUAAGCGCUUAUGGGUAGGCAAUUUAGAUUUAAGAAUUAAUGAGUACCAACUCCUGAAACUUGUCCAAAAAUACGGCACAAUCGAAAAGUUCGACCUGCUAUUUCAUCGGUCGGGGCCUCAAGCUGGUCAGCCAAGAGGAUAUGCAUUUGUUACUUACAAAACAAUCCAAGAUGCCAAAACAGCAAAGGAUGCUUUACAUAAUCUAAAAGUUGGAGCUAAGAACAUUAUUGUGAGAUGGGCACAUAGUGUUACUGAGUCGGACAUGGAGAAACCAAAGCCAAAAAUAGAUAUUCCUGCCUUAGCUGGUGCAAAGAAAGAAGAUAAAAAAAUAAGUCUUGAAACAGCAAUCCAAGCUAUUGAAGCAAAACUUAAAUUGAUGAAAGAAUCAGAGGAGGAAUUUGAGUUGAAUAAACCGUUGGAAGGAUCGCCAAUUAUACAUCUAUAUCAGAAAGCGGAAAAUCAAAAACCGUCCACCUCUACACGUUAUCACAACCGUGGGAACUAUUAUCAUCAUAACAAACCAUACAGUCGCCAUAAACCAAGAAGAUAAUUUGUGUAUAAUCAUAUUUCAUAUUUAUUAGAAUAUUUCAUAUUCUUUCAUUUAUCACACAUACAAUAAAACAUUUUUUUUUU